UCAAAUCAGUUUAGUUAAUGUUUCGCGUCAAUGUACAACUUUGGGCGUUUUGAAAUUGUGUAGAUAAAAAUAUUGAAUUAGGGACAGUGACAACAACUCUUUUUUAGUUUGAUAAAACAGUUUGUAUUUUAAUGAUUGAGAUAUACAAUUGAAUUUUCACACAAUUUCAUCGUAUUUAAUUAGUAAAAUCUCUUUAAUUCACUGCAACUGUAUACAGUUGUUGGUGAAUUAAAAUUUAUUAAUUAGUAUUUUAUUGAGUGUUAUUAUGCAAGGCAAAUCAGUGUAAAACGUACGAUGCAUUUGUUUAGCAAAAUAUGUACAUAAUGGGUGAUUGACACAUGUACAGUAUUACAUUAAUAUUCUUAUGCAAUUUUAAAGAAUAUUAAAAUAUUAUAAUUAAUAAAGAAAAGAUGAACAAUUGGGACAAUUACUUUUAUUACGAAAUAAGUUACAUUCCAUGAUAUAAAACUGGAAGUAAGAGGUAAUGCAAAAGAAAGAGUUAUGAUCAAAUAUGACAGGUUGUUCAGAGAUGGAUACGAACAAACAGACAGAAGACUCUAAUAACAUUUCAAAUAACGUUGGAAAAUCUGAAAGUUCAGAUUCAAUAGAGGUGGAUAAUUCACGUACAGUUCUCUUAAAAAUAGCAACAUUGUAUGCAGAACGUCUUAUGAAUGAUAUUUGUCUUGUUGUUAAUGGUAUAGAGUACCCAGCACAUCGCCUUAUACUUUGUGCUUCUAGUGAUGUUUUUCAAGUAAUGUUAAUGAGUCCUCAGUGGAGCGAGUCUCAAGAAAGUAGAGUAACCCUUCAAGAAACGCCACAAUGUGUACCUAUAUUUAAAAUAAUGGAGUCAGAUUACGACGAAGAUCGUGGAGCUUGGACGGAAGAAAUGACAAGAAGCGAAGAUUGCAUUGGUGAAGAUAAUUUUGAUAAUCCUCAGGAGAUAUUAAAUGAAUGCUUAGAUAAAUUUAAAACACCAGAUUACAUCAUGGAGCCUGGUAUAUUUGCACAACUUAAAAGAUAUUUUCAAGCUGGUGGAAAUCCAGAACAAGUGAUAGAAUUGUUAUCUAAAAAUUAUACAGCUUGCGCUCAAAUGGCAAAUCUUCUUGCAGAGUGGCUUAUUCUUGCUGGAGUUAAAGUUACAGACGUACAAGCAAUGGUAGAAAAUAACUUAAAAGAUAUGAUAUUGAAAACAUUUGAUCCUAAAAAAGCAGAUAAAAUUUUUACAGAGGAAGGUGAAACUCCUGCUUGGUUAACGGAAAUGAUACAACAUCCUACUUGGAGGUCGCUUAUUUACAGACUUGCAGAAGAAUAUCCUGAUUGCUUGAUGUUAAACUUUACUAUAAAGCUUAUAUCUGAUGCUGGAUUCCAAGGUGAAAUUACAAGCAUUUCAACGGCUGCACAACAAAUUGAAGUAUUUUCACGAGUUUUAAAAACUGCAAUUGCUGGAUUUUUGCAAAAUACAGAAGAUUGGCAAUCAAGUAUACAAGAAUGUGCGAAAAUGGUAUGUCACGGACAACACACUUAUGUCUACAGUCAAGUGUUGUUACAAAUUCUUGCACAAGAAUCACGUGGAGGAUUCAUGAUGAAAAGGCUUUCGCAGGAAAUUACUAAAUGUGCUCAGCAAAACCAUCACGAUGUUACUCCAAUAACAAUGGCACUUAAUGGAGCUUCAAGUAGUCCUAGUGCAUGUCAAGCACUUGCAUCCAUGUUGUCACGAAAUACUUUAAAUCCUGCUGAUAUUACUGUAUUAUUUCGAAAUUAUUCCACUGCGGAACCACCACCUAUAGAGUUGCUUCGUAAUCCACAAUUCUUAGAACUACUGGUUGAUGCACUUUUCAAACCAGGCGUAAAAAUCAAUCCUGAGCAUAAAUCUAAAUACAUACAUUUAUUAGCCUACGCAGCUAGUGUAUGUGAUAUUCCAGCCAAGAAGGGACAUUCGCGGAAAUUAAAUAAGGAUGAAUUAAAAACAACUAUUCAAGCCAUAGAAAAAGUUCAUAAUAUUUGUAACAUUAAUAAAGGCUCGACUGAGUUAAUAGCAGAAUUGCAAACUUUAUAUCAGUCUAUAAGAUUCCCUGUUGUAAGUGUAGGUAUAAUUAGAUGGGUAGAAUGUACUGUAACCGAACCAUCAUAUUUUAAAUUAUGUACAGAACAUUGUCCUGUACAUCUUGCAUUGCUCGAUGAAGUUGUAGUUUGCCAUUCUUUAUUGCAUCCAAAAGUAUUACAACUUCUUGUACAGUUAUUUGAAAGUAAACAAGAUGAACUGGAAAUACUUGUGCAGUUAGAAAUGAAAAAGAUGUUAAUUGAUAGAAUGGUAAACUUAUUAAGUAGAGGUUGCGUUGUACCAGUAGUGUGUUAUAUCAAACAAUGCUGGCAACGUGGAGAUACAGACGUAUCUUUAAUUAGAUAUUUUGUGACAGAGGUUUUAGAAGCAAUAGCUCCACCAUACACAGCUGAAUUUAUUCAUUUGUUUCUCCCUAUGGUUGAAGAUGAAGAAAUUACAGGUACAAUGCGCGGAGAUAGCGAAAAUGACCUUGUUUCAGAAUUUAUAGUACAUUGUAAAGCACAUUGUCCUACUAUAAGAUGAUUUUUU